AUGCCUCAAUUAAUCUCGCCAUUGGCCCUUCGGGCUCUGCGGACACUAGUGCAGCGUCCGGCUUUCUCAUGCACCCCGCUGCGCACACUCACAACCGCUACCACCACUCCUAUCCAAAGUCUCACCCACCGCGCAACCCCAAUCACCGGCCGCUUCAACUUCCAGCCCAUCUUCCGCACCCAAACGGCUCAGCUCCUCGCCCGCCGCCAAUUCUCCAGCUCCCCUAUUGUCCGCGCAACCUACAACCAAGUCCGCCGAGGCUGCCGCCAGGGCCAACGCGCGCGCCGCGGACGAUCCCCAGCCUUGAAGAACCACCCGUCGCUGAAGGGUGUUUGUCUGAAGACUGGUGUGACCAAGCCCAAGAAGCCCAACUCCGGUGAGCGUAAGAUUGCUCGUGUUCGUCUGAGUUCCGGCAAGGUCGUUACAACUAUUAUCCCCGGUGAGGGCCACAACAUCCAGCAGCACAGUGUGGUGCAUGUUCGUGGCGGUCGUGCCCAGGAUUGUCCUGGUGUGAAGUACCACUUGGUUCGUGGUGCUGGUGAUCUGGGUGGUGUCGGAAGUCGCAUGUCUUCCCGGUCGAAGUACGGCACGAAGAAGCCCAAGGGCAACUAA